CAGGGGCGGCAAAGUGGCCGCGAGCACGGCCAAGAUGGCGAAGCUGGCGUCACGUUUUCUGGUGCUGCCCAGCCGUGUGGCGCUAGCUGCCGCCGCCGCCACCUACUGGAUCGCAGUCUACACGCUGACGACCCUGGCCGGCGGCUUAUUCCUUCUGCGUAUGGCCUGGGUGGUCAUCAGGAGGCGAGGUCGGGCCUUCGAAUGGCGGCGCCGGGAGCGUCCGCCGGCCUGCCUCAGCGAUCCGUCUCUGGGGGUUCACUGCUUCGUCCGAGUGAAGGAUUCAGGGCUGCGGUUUCAUUAUGUAGAAGCUGGCGAGAGGAACAAGCAUUUGAUGUUGCUACUCCAUGGCUUUCCUGAGUUUUGGUAUUCUUGGCGUUAUCAGUUGCGGGAGUUCAAGAGUGAGUAUCGAGUGGUGGCAAUGGAUUUGCGUGGUUAUGGGGAUUCUGAUGCACCAUCUAGUCGAAUUGACUAUAACCUGGACUAUUUGCUGACAGAUGUCAAAGAUGUUAUCGAAGCUCUAGGGCACAGCAGCUGUAUUCUGAUGGGGCAUGACUGGGGUGGCAUACUGGCUUGGAACUUCGCAAUUUACAAUCCGGAGAUGGUGGAGAGAUUGAUAAUCUUGAAUGCGCCACAUCCAAAUGUGUUCCAAGAUUACUUGAGUCCAUCCCAGCUGCUGAAGUCCAGCUAUGUAUUCUUUUUCCAACUGCCGAAGCUUCCUGAGCUUUUCAUGUGUAUGGAUGAUUUCAAGGCUUUGAAGAGUGCAUACAUGAGUAAGCAAAUGGGAAUUCAGAAUAAAAGCAGCAGAUUGACUGAGGAAGAGUUAGAGGCUUAUGUCUACAAUUUCUCUAAGCCUGGGGCUCUCGUGGCCCCCCUCAACUACUACAGGAACAUCUUCAGCCAUCUCCCAGCUAAGUGCCAUGAUGUGAUGGUGCCCACUUUGGUGAUCUGGGGUGACAAGGAUGGAGCUCUCGAAGUUGGUAUGACUGCCUAUAUGGAGCAAUACGUACACAAUGUGUUCCGGUUGAAGGUAGUCACUGGGGCCAGUCACUGGGUCCAGCAGGACCAGCCUGAUGUAGUCAAUAAACUCAUCUGGACAUUCUUGAAGGAAAGCAACAAGUAGACUCUGGAAUCCACACACGUGCAUGAUGCAACUUGACAUGUGUGUGAAAUAUAAUUUUUGCACUAUCUUCCUAAUGGAAAAAUAACUAACCGUAAAUGUAUAACUGAAAAAUUUUAUAGUAUCUUAAUUGAAUGUUAAAUGCAGCAAAUACUGAGAUUUGUGAUGUACUCACUAAGUAACCAUUUGGGGAACAGAGCAAGUGAUCAUCUGUCCUCCUGCCAUUUUUUGUCCACUUGCUACAGAGUACUGACAAAUGUUGGAGUAAUGGGGAGAAAAUAAACUGCAACCCUGGGGGUGCAUGACACCUGUUAGAGGCGCGUACUUUGCCAGGACCUAUCAUGGUAUCCCUUUGAAUAGGCUGUCAGUUAACACAAACUCCCUUCUGACAUGGCUGUUUUGUGUUGGGUUGUGCCUUGUAGAAUAAACUGCUCGGAAGGAUGAAUCAA